AUGAAGGACGCACUGUGGGUUACUCUUGGCCUGACGUGGCUGCUGGGGACGCCGGUAGCAGGACUCUUGCUGGCCAUGUGCCCGCCGAAGCCGAAUGACAAAAGCGAAUCGUUCUGCGAGUGCGUCAAGGAGAAUGGGCGGAGUGGCCCCAUUGUCAAAAUUACCUGUAAUUUCAAUAGAGAUCAAGACGUGCUCCUGACGAGAGCCCUCUACCCCUUCCAUGCCUCCCGCGUCGUCAGCGCCUACGUGAGGGUGGCUGACGCUAAGAGUGUCCAUGUAACAAGGAGCUUCCUGGAGGAGUGGCAGAGUGUGCCAGCCACCGCCCUGGACCUGUGGAGAGCCGGCACCCUCAACUUCGACGUCCUCUACGAGUACGGCAACCUGCACGCUUACUCCCCGUACAGGACGAAUCGGAAUCGUCGACUGUUACGUCCCCGAAAUUCCCGCCAAAUUCAUGCGCGACCGAGACCGGGGCGGACUCCUCAUCAGGAACAGUCGACGUUUUUCCGCAAAGGGGCUUUCUUUAAUAUCAAACAGAUGCGAUACCUGGUGAUCGAGGACUCAGCCGUCAGCGUGGUGGAGGGACCGGUCUCUGCCAGCGGCGUGGUCACCCUAAGUCAGCGCUCCCUCCACAGCUGGGUUGGAUUCCGCUUGCACAAGGUCCUGGUGAAUUCCUUGGGCGCCGGGGCUUUCAAUAUCACGCAUAGUACGGAGGUGGAGUCGGUGGAGGUGAGCAAUUGUCGCUUCCAAGAGGUGAGCACCGGCGCCUUCUCGGUCUCUGGGAACCUCAAUGUCUCCUUCUCGGAAAACACCUUCGGACACCUGCAGAAGGAGGCGCUGAAGGUCAGCGUCACCGGCGAGGUCAAGUUCGACGGGAACCUGAUCGACACGUGGGACAGCGACGCCCUGAGUGCCCUGCGGUGCUUCAAUCGCUCGUCCCUUCAGAGGAACACCGUGCGGGUGGUGGCGGCGCAGGAGGCGGCGCGGAACAUCACCCCUUUCCAUAGUUCCUGCGGGAAUCCCCAGAUAUUCACGGUGAUCAGCAGUCCCUCGGCACUGGAGUCCAUGAGCUCCAGCGCCGCCCUCUGGACCCUGGCAGUCAUGGCCAUCCUCCUCCUCCUCCUCCUCGUCGCCGGCGUCCUCCUGUACCGCCGGCGAGGCCUCAUGAUGCGGCACUACAAGCGGGACACGCCCAUUUUCCUCAGCGUCUGCAAGGCGUCUGCGGACAACGUCGCCAACGGCCCUGAGCACGCGGCGGGAGGAGACGCCCCUGCAGGAGUGACUAAUCCAAUGUACGAGGAGGGGACUCCGAUUGACGAGGAAGAGUGUGAAUGAAAAUCUAAACCCUCAACUUUUAUGAAUGAAAAUUAAAUCUGCGUUUCUAAACAGUUUGGUUGAGAGUGAAGCUUAGGUUUUAAGGGACAAGCGAGUGUGAUUUAUUCUAAUGACACCUGCGGCCAAAACUGAUCCAAAACUGGGAGGCUGGAACCUCUAAUCAAAAACAGACAUGGUGCGAAUGGUAGUGAAAUAUGGUGUACAUGUCCUUAGUCUUUUCCAUUCGUGUUAGUUUUAGUGUUAGUGUCUGAUUGAAAAAAGUAACAUUCUCUUGGACUAACGUCGUAACAUAUGAUCUACACAAAAAAAAGGCAUAAAAUAAGUAAAAUCAGAAAAUACAACGGAUAAUGGUAUUUUUCAGUGCCUUCCACAGAAUAGAUAAGAUGUAAUUUUAAAUCUGUGUAAAUUCCAAGAUUGCUUAAGUAGGAAUAUAAAGGUUUGUUAUUUGAAUAAUUUUAAAAGAAAAAAUAUGACCUAAAAUUAUUUUCUGAAUGAUAUUUGGAUUAGUAAUACAUUUUGUAAGAGCAUUUUAUUUUAUUUUAUUUGUAUUUUCACUUAAAAUCAGAAGUCGCCUUUCAUAAUAUUACAGUUAUUCUGAUUUUUGCAUUAACAAACUUUUUCAGGCUU